UAGUUGUUAUAAGUAAGUUAAAGGCGUUAGAAAAUGAAUAAGAAACAGAAUAAAUAACUAGAUUAAAAUAACGUGCAAACAUCAGAUAUUCCAAAUAUAGUCUAGUUGAAAUAUAAAAUAGAUUAGCAAGAAUAUUAUAAAGUUAAUAGAGACUUAUUCAAAACGCCAAACAAUUAAAAAGAAAAUAAGCAUUAUGAUAACAAUAAAAACGAGGAAAUAGAUAAGAUAUUUAGGGAUUUUAAGGAAAAAGAAGAACAUGUUAAAAAGGAAAUAGAAAAUGCUUUGAAAAUUUCCUUAAGCAAUUCUAAAUCUGUAAAAAAGCAGAACGAAGAUACUUUAAAUUAAAAUUUAUCUCAAAUAAAUAGAAACUAUCUUCCAAGAAAUGAAUCUCGCAAUAAAGAUAGGCCCAAUUCAAGUUUAGGAACAUAAAAUAAAUCGCCUCAUGUGGUUUAAAAAGAUAUUAUAAAUUUUAGUAAUAUUCAAGACAAAAGUCCAAAAGAAACAAUUACUUUUGAUGAAGAUCAGGUGAAAGAUUUUUAAAUUUAAUAGAACCACAUAUAGUUCAUCAAAAAGAGACAAUCUAACAAAGUUAAACAAAACUAAAUAAAUUUUCUUAACUAAUCGUUUGAAAAUAAGCUUUGCUUUUAAGAUAUCACUGACCAAAUAAGAAACAACAACUACCUUUAUAAUGAUAAAAAUUAAAAAUAAAAUAAUCCAGCUACUACUUGUAAGAUUUAAGAAUUGAAUGUAGAUAAAUUGAAAUAAAAAGUUAGUAAUAUUGAACCUAUUAAAAGCUAAAUAAAGUCAUUAGAUAAUAAAAAGGAGUAAUUUCGAAUGUAAUCAGCAAAUAUCUAAACAAAGUAAAAUAAGAACGAAGCUCAAAGAAACAUAAUUUCAAAUAGAAUAACACUAAAGAGGAUGGAAAGUCCUAUGAUAAUUUAAAAUAAUAACAACGAUUCGUAUAUAUCUAACAAGGCAAUAUAGUAAUCUAACUUAAAGUAAAAAAGACCACUCCAUAUUUCAGAUUAUUCUAGCUUAAAUAAUACUUUGACUUUGAAUGAUAAAUAAAAUAAUCUAAAAACACCAAAUUAGACUAGUCCUACUCAAAUAGGAUUAGAAAAGAGAAAAUUAAAAACUUUAAACGACUACUCUACCUCUUUCCUCACUGAAGAUUAUAACAAUUUCAAUGUGGCUAAUAGAUAAAAGACAGUUAAUAAUGUAUCUUAAAAAUCCUCAGAUACUCCUGAAAAACCAAGAAUAUUACUCACUGAAAGUUAAGAAGGAGUGUUUUAGUUGCACGAUAACCUUGUAAAUUUCUAAAAAACUAAAAACUAAAAAUACGAUAACCGCUAAUUCUCUACAAUUUAAUAUAGCUAAAGAAAAACUACCAAUAAUAAUUACAAAGAUGCAAAAGUAAAUUUAUUUUAAGACUCUUCUCAUAAAAUAUCUGAAAAUUCUCACAAAGAGAGCCGAUAAAGAAAUAAAACGUCUGAUUGUAGGAUUGAAUAGAUAUCAAAUUACGUAAAACCUAUGCUUUAGUACUAGGCAGAUAUUUGUUGGUAAACCUAAUACUCUUCAUUUAAUAUAAAUAAUAAUUAUGUAAAAAUUAAUAAUUCUCAUACACUCGAUCCUCUGACCACGACAGAGGACUCAGAAUCUAAAAAGAAAUAGAUUUCACAUUCAUCUUACAAAAAAAAAAAUAAAUGUUAUAUAAAUAAUAAUUUUAAUUACCAACUGAAAAUAUUGAGGGGAACAUUAAAAAAGAAUUAACUCAGUCCAGAGAAUAUUUUGUCUCAAAAAUUUAAUAUUGAGCUACCCAAAGAAAACUCAAUUAUAAUAGAAGAAAACCCUUCUUAAUAUAAUUUGUAAAGUUAAAGAAAUACAUCUAAUUCUAAUAAAGAAAAGUUAGAUUCCACAGAAUAAUAAAUAGAAGAAAAUAAGCUAAAAGGCAAGGAUCAUCGCAAUAGUUCAGCAUCUCCACAAUAAAACAGUAGAAACAAAGAAGUUCUUAAAAAAUUUUUAACUAAAACAAAGCAAAUAAAAAGCAAAAAUUUUAUAGAAAAUCUUGAAACAGAUAACACUUGUGCUGAUGAUAGCUGCUAAGAGUAAAUGAACACUGUGGAUGACUUUAAGGCAGUUUAUCCAGCCUCAAAUUAUGAUGAAAUUUAAAAUAGCUCAUAAUAAAAUAAUUUUAGAGGAUAAAGUGGUUCUAACUAAAUAAAAAAAUAGAGCAAGUUAUAGCCAUUGCAAUAAAUACAAAAUUAAUCUUAUUAUCAUGCUUAAAACUAGCUAAUCCAAGAAGCUAAGCAAAAUAAAAAGAAUGCCCUUAGAAGUAGUUAUUCUUAGUAAAAAGAAGAAGGAGAUGAUAAUGGUGGGAAUUAGAAAUCAAAUGUUAAGUAAAUCUACAAUAAACUAAAUUAAAUUUCUAAAAAUUCUACAUAAGAAAAAAAUAACAAUCAAAGUAAUAGCUAAACAUAAAAAUUUAACAAAGGAUCACCUGUUUCUUUGAGGGAUUCCUUGAAUGCAAAUUAUAGCUAUAGUAAUGAUAAUAAUAAAAGAAAUUCUAUUAAUUAAGAAGGAAAUACUUUAUCUAGAGAUGAACAAGAAAUUAUUAAAUACCAAGAAGAAAAAAGAAAACUAGAAAAAUAAAAAUUUGCUCCUUACAAAGUAGAUUAGUUUCAAUAAUUUGUAAACAACUAAAACGUCCUUUCUCAAUCUUCAAAGUAUUCUAAUUUAUAGUAGCCCUCUUAGUAGUCUUAAAUACAAAAUUCUAUACAUUAAAAUAGCAGUGAUUACUCAAAUCAUCAAAGAUAUUCGUUUUCUUUUUAGUAUUAAUAAAACAUCUAACAAAGUCCAUCAUAAACUUAUUAAUAAUAAAUAAGUUAAUAAUCCUCUUAACCUUCUUAAGUCAAUACAAACCCUUCUAUCGUAACAUUAAAAAGUAUUCAUGGACCAAAAGUUCUUAGAUAGAUGCCGUAUGGAGUUAACGACGCAUAUUAUGGAAUGCCAGUUCCAGCUAAUUUUGGUAUUUCUACAAUGGAAUAACAUUCAUCACAUGAAAAUUUUUCUCCUCAUUUUUCAUAAUAAUUUUAAGAACAAAAUGAAUUCAAAAAGCAAUAGUAAAAUAAUAUUUAAGAAAUUUAAUCUUUUGGUUAGCACAAACUAAUUUCAUAAGAAGGUGAAAUGAAAGAUACUAAAUAAAUUUAAGAAUAAUAGGCAGGAAGAAUAAGCCAAAUGGGAGAUUCGUGUCCUCCAGCUCCCACAAAAAUUACUUUAGAGUAUCUUUAAAUGAAGAAUGAAACAGAAGAUAGCUAUAGAACAGCUUUUUAUAAUAAUUAAGUCUAUGUAUAGUAAACUGUGAAAGAAAAUUUUUAUGGUAACAGUUAACAUUUUUAGUAAAAAAUGCAAGCAGUUAUACUAUCUACAAAUUAAUAAAACAAAAAUGUUAAUUAAUAACAAAAUGAUCAAAAAGAAUAGACAUAGUAAGUAAAUGAAAAAAUAAUUAAAAAAGUAGAAUUUAAAGAUGCUGAUAAAAAAGAAGAUGAGGAAAUUAUCAUCUGA